AUGGAUAGAAAUCCAAAUAAAGUAUACAUUAACCCAAAUUUUCAAAGAACUCCUCUUAAAAAUGCAUGGUCAUUUCAACAUUCAGACAAUACUAAUUUAUAUCAAUAUGGUUCACAAUUGCAAAAUGUUGAAGCUGUAAACAGAUUUGGUAUAGAAAAAAUAUCAAACAGAAAAAUAUAUGUUAAUCCAAAUUUCAAACAAAUGAAACAAGAACAGCCAAUACCAACAGAACUAAAAGGACAUGAAAAAGUUGAAAAUGUGAAGAAUUACCCAGUACUAAUAUCAAAAUCCAAAUAUUCUCUUGUGAAUAAAGCUGAUGAAAGUAAUAACUAUACAGAAGGCAUAUCUCAGAAUCAUAGCAUAAAUACAAAGAACAAAACUAACAUUCUACAAAAUCAAAAUAGUUGCUUCGAAAAAGUUUUGAAUAAAAAAUGUACAAAUGGAGUUCCUGUUAUAAAAUCUCGUUAUACCAUUAUUAGAAAAAACCAAGUACCCUCUGAAAAUCGUGUAGAAGUUAUACAGCAAAAUUUUAAACAGGAUUCUAUUCCUAGUUUAGUGGUUGCAAAUAAGAACUUAAGCCUUGAGAUUUGUCAUUCGUAUGCCAAUAAUGUAGCACCUAAAAUGCAGGAAAAUAUAUUAAAAAAUAAACCAUUUGAAAAUGUAACUAAAAUUAAAUUAAGUAAGUAUAAAACAAUACCAGCUACAUACUUAAAAAAGAAUAUUUCAUCAAGAAAUGAUUUCAAUUCAACAUCAUUAAUAUCACAAUCACAUACAAAUGACGAAUUUUCGUUUAAUAUAAAUACAUAUAAACUAACAAGGUCUAGCUCAAAGUCUAAUAAGGAAGGUAACCCUUUGAAAACAAACAUAAAAACUAGUAAGAAAAGUCUCUGGCCAAGUCAAAGUAAAAUUAAAUUAUUAAAAGCAAAUUUCAAAGUAAAUAACAUUCCAUGUAGAUUAUUUAUAAAAUAUGGAAAGUGUCUAAGAAAAGAUUAUGGAAACUGUGAAUAUGUUCAUGAUAAAAAACAUGUUUCACUUUGUAGGAAAUUCUUAAAGGGAAUCUGUCAUGAUAGUGAUUGUGCUCUUUCACAUGAAUUAACUGCGAAUAAGAUGCCUACAUGUUACUUUUAUUUAAAAGGAAUAUGUACCAAAGAGAAUUGUCCUUACUUGCAUAUUAAAUUGAAUGAAAAAAUUAAAAUAUGUCAUUCUUUUUUGCGGGGAUACUGUGAGAACGGCGAUACAUGUCAGUUUAGACACGUAAAAGUAAAUCAGUGUAAGAAAUCAAAUAUAUUUAAUUUAAAUACAUGUAACAAAUAUAAAAACUUACCAAGUAAAAGUACAAAACUCAAAACAACUAAGACAAAAUGUAGUAUUAAAAAGAAAGAUUUAACACAAUUAAAUAACAAAAAUAAUGUAAAGUUAUGUGACAAAAAAGAUGCAGAUGUUGAUUGUAGAUAUUAUAAAGAAAUGGUUACUAAUGAAGAUAGUUGUAAAAACAUAAAACCUACGAGAUGCAAGAUAGGAACUUUGCCUUCAUUUAUACAAUUGUAGAUUUUUUUUUAAUAUGUUACUUAAUAAGUUUUUUUUUUCAUUGUAAUAAUAUCAAGUUAUUGUAAAUAAAUUAAAUAAAACUGAUAAUUGUGAUAAUUUAUUAUUUUUAGUAGGACACCUUCUACAAAAAACUCAUGCCCAAAUUUAUA